AAUAAACAUCAAAAAAAAAGUUUAAAAUGGUAUUAAAAAAAAUACUGAUAUGUAUAUCAAUACUGUUGAUAUUAGUUAAUUCACAAACGCUACAUAGUAAGAAAACUAUGUAUAAGUUGCUGUCUUCUAGUAAUAUUGAGGAGGCUAUGGAAGAGCUGUGUCCUUUCCCAGGUUAUUAUGGUAUUUAUUGUCCUCAAGAAACAACUGCUGCUCACAAAAGAUAACUACAACAACAAGGUAUCACAAAAAUGCCAUCAGGAAUUGGAGCUUCGUUUGAUAUAUCUACAGGUGAACUUAAGCUACCUGCUAUCUAGCUUUCAUAUCCUUAAGAACCAAGUUAAGAAUAAAUUUACACUGACCCUCUUACUAAUAGUUAAUUUAUUAUCGCUGAUGAAACAAAUAUAUUAUAAGCAGAUUCUGAUGAUGACAUAAGAAUUUACAAAAAUGAAUUCGAACUCACAAAUAUUUGGCUUGAUGCUACAAAGAAUGGAUAGUGGCUUGGAGGAGAGUAUAGCUCAUCGAAAGACUUAAUUGAUGUUUUCAACAAAUUUUUCAGAGGUAAUUAAUAUACUUCUAUUGCUUAAUAACCAAAAAAUGUAAUCAGAAUGGCAUUCAAGACUGAUAAUUUAAAGCUAAAUAGAUUCGCUUAGAGAGCCAUUGACUCAUUGCCUGAAGAUUAUUAAGAAGAAAUCUAUAACGAAUUUUUAAAUGCUUGGGGUACUCACAUUGCAGUGGAUACUUUAAUUGGUGGUAUGAUUGAAAAACAAACUAUCUUUAAAGACUGUGUAUUUUUUACUCCUUAAUUUUCAGGAGGUAUUUCAACUGAGCAAGUAAUUUAAGCUUUGCGUCAUGAACUGCAUGGAAAUUAAGCUGAAGGAUUCUUCACAGCAAGAAGAUAAGUCACUUUGGAUCAUAAGUUUGGAGGAAAUCCUGAGGAUGGCGCAAAUUGGGAGUAGACAAUUAGUAAAAAUCCUGCUUUGUUGAAGAUUAAUAGAUUCUUAUCUUGGGAGUAUAUGGCUGCAAAUCCUUAAGUAAGAGCAAAUUUAUCACAAGCUAUUGCAAGAAGAAUAGAUUCAAUGAGAUAAAGAUAAGAAAGCUACUAAGCUCAAAUCAGAGAAUAAAGAAGACUUGAGAGGGUUGGACCAAGAAUAGCCUGGGCAAUUUAAGGAAAUGGUUAAUGCCAUCAUCUUUCUCCAAGCUUUAAUAUAAGAAGAUAAUUCGAGCUUAAAGCUGCUGAACGCUGUCUGAACAGGACUGAUGAAAAUUGGUUAGAUUGCACUUCUGGUCCUUAAUAAUCAUAUGAUGAUUUUAUGUAUGAAGUAAGAUAUGAAAGAGAUUAAGAAGGAAAUUAUAGAGCUAUUAUGCAUAACCCUGUAGCAGAAUAUCCAGGAGGUUUAAGGGAGGCCGAUGGAGCUUUUGUUGAUAGAGGAUGUUCUGUUGCUUAGCGUUAUAGAGAUGCUAUGUACAGUGAUUUUAACUAAACUCCUCCAAACGAAACAUAUAUCAAAAUGCUUUGUACUGAUUGUCAUCCUGAUGUCUAUAAUACUCCAUCAGGAGUAGUUUUCUAAUGCAGUUGCCCUUCCUUCUGAAAUAUAAUAUAUAAAAUAAUAAAAUUAAUAGAUAAAUAAAAAAUCUAUAUAUCUAUAUAAAAUAACAAAUACAAUUGGUCAUUUAUAUAUAUAGUAUGUUUCAAAAAGUUGUCAAGUCCUACCCGACUAUGUUAAGAUCCAUAUCUCAGCAAUAAGAUUAAAAUCUAACUAUAAUAUAAAAAGAUCCAUUUAUAUUAUUUAAUAUGAUACAAUAUAAUACAAAAAAUUAAAAAAAUUUAAUUGUUUUUUAUCAUUUAUAAUCUAUUUAUUAACUUACAAAAAUAUGAUAUUUAUAAAUAUAAAAACAAUAAACAUAAUCUAUCUAUGUUUCGUUAUAUUAGAUUUAAAAAAUUUUUUCAACAUAUUAGAUAAUAAAACAUAAAAUAUUUAAUUAUUCAAGCAUUUAAUAUCUACUCAUCCUUUUUUCGCCACUUCCUUAUCAUCAGAAUUUAUUUUCAAAAACAACUAAUCUUUUUGAUUUAAGACACUUUCUUAUUACUUUGAAUUUUUAUGAUUCGUUGAUUUGAUUAAAACUAUUAUUAUAAAUUUGAGUAAAUUUAAAAAUAAUUUUAAAUAAAAUAAACUCUUAAAUUAAAAAUUGUUUCUUUAAUUAAUUAAUAAAUAAAAUAAUAUUAGUGGGAUAAAAAACAUAAUAAAAAACAAAUCAAAUCAAAUUUAUCAAAUCAAUUCAAAGAGCUUUUUUGUUUUAUAUUCAUUUUUUUGUUAAUAAUAUCACAAUCCAAAACAAGUAAAAUGUUUUUACCGAAGAUCGAAUUUCAAAUUUGAGAGAUUAACACAAUUUGCUAAAGCAGAACCUAAGCCUGAUGCACCUUCAUCAUUAAUUUAAUUGUCACUUUUUUAAAUAUUGAAAAUGAAGAGAUUAACAUAAAAGAAGAAAAAGCUAGAAAAAGUAAAAUGAACUUUAUUGUUUUUUAAUUAGUUUUUAGAACUACCUAAGGUUAAGUGUCAAAUUUGAGAAAUUAUUGUUAUUUGCUAAAGCAGAACAUAGGCCUAAUGCACCCUGAUCACCAAUUUAAUUUGCACUUUUUAAAUAUUGAAGAAAAAAUAU